AUAACCUCAAUCAAAACACAAAACAAUAACACGCGUUUGCAGUUUCUUGGAAAUAGUUUUUAAUAAUUAAGAGUUAAUUAAGCAAAAAUGAGCAGUGAUUCCGAAGCUUUUAGUGAUUCAGAGGAUGAGAUUCGAGAUGCCUUUGCGAAGGGGCUCAUAAAGCCCGGCAUGAACAUUGAGUUGCCAGAGAAGAAGCCUCUUGCAAAUAAUGUGCCUGGUCUUAAUGCUAAAUGCGAGGAAAUCCGACUUGACUUGGAUUGGAGUGAACGUUUGGAUAUGAUCAAUGAACCCGCUGCUAUUGCUCCGGAAAUGGCUCUCCAGCUGGAGAAGGAGGAGCAAAAGCGUGCAAAUAUGUUUGCUGGCAAUGCCAAGCUGAAGUAUGUGGAACCUAGCCAAGAUCCCGUUCUCAAUGACUUCAAGCGUGAAAUGCUUUUCCACCGUCAAGCUCAGGCAGCUGUGGUUGAAGGCAUCCGGAAGCUUCACAGCUUGGGCAUAACCACAAAGCGUCCCGAUGACUACUUUGCCGAAAUGGCCAAGACAGAUGCUCACAUGCAGAAGGUGCGAAAGCACCUGCUGGCCAAGCAGGAGGGUCAGGCAAAGUCAGAGAAGGUACGUCAAAUCCGGGAACAACGAAAGAUGGGCAAGAAAAUGCAGCAACAGGCUCGUGUGCGAAAGGAAAUGGAGAAGAAGGAGACGCUGGAUAAGUUGAAAAAGUUCCGGAAGGGAAAACUUCAGAAUCUUGACUUCCUCGAGGAUUCUAAGGGAAAAAGCCAGGCAAAGCGCAAUGCCAAGAAUAAGAAGUUCGGCUUCGGUGGACGCAAGAAGGGUAACAAGCGCAAUGACAGGAUGUCAUCUAUGGGGAUAUCAAAGAAUAAAGGGAACAAGGUGAGUGCCAAGGGGAAUAAACGUCCAGGAAAAAAUCAGAGGAAUCGAAGCAAAAAUAAGAGUCGGAGCAAAUAGACGAUUCUCUCAAUUUAA